GUGUCGAUUGACUCGAUUCUGUCGAAUGUCCUGAGUGUCCUCCUGGCCGGCAGGCCGAGGCCUGAUGGCUUGGCUGUUUGGUUCUAAAAAUCAACUAAAUGGAAGAGCCUUUCACCGCACUGUAUCAGUAGAUGAUUCACUGUAUGUGUGGGCUGGUAAACUAGAGGACGGUUUACCCGAAGUACAUGAUAGUGAAGAGAAGAGAAGGAUCACUAGUAAUAUACAGCACUUUACUCCUUCAACUGGUCAAUGGAUCACUAGAGCUACUACUGGUACUCCUCCAUUAGGAGUGAGAGCAUACUCCUGUACUGCAAUAAAUGAUCAAUUGUAUUAUUUUGGGGGAUGGUGUGGCCACGACGACUGCUAUCGCAACAGUAUUACACAACUGGAUACUGUUAGUCUUCAAUGGAGAGAAUUAGAACCAACUGAUGCAACUAGACCAGUUAUGAGGAGAGCUUAUGGUGGAAUGAUAUCAUUUGAACAUGAUGGAGUACACCAUUUACUAAUGAUAGGAGGGUAUGGAUCCAAACCAGCUGUAAAACUACCUUAUUAUAAAUAUAAGUUAUCUAAUGGAGCAUGGCGUACUAAUGAGCACUCAAUUUAUAAUCUAUCAUCAAGAAAAUGGAAUAAUCCUUUAAUCGCUGGUCAGUGUAUACCACCUGCUUCUUACUUCAUCAUUGAAAAGAUCAACAACACUAGAGCUGUUCUAUUUGGUGGACGAGAGACUAAUGAUGAUAAGGAAACUGCUACUAACAACAUUUAUAUAUUAGAAAUAUCAAUCAGCACUGUGCUCUGGCAGUGUAUAAAGAAACCCGAAGCAAUAGACCAAUGGCCUUUUGGUAGAUACUUUCAUGCAGGUGCUAUUAUUAUAACUGGAUCAGACUGUCCUAUGCUAGUGAUAAGUGGUGGGUUUGAUAUGAAUAAAGAUACAUUAGAUGAUUGUUGGAUCUUUAACAUCACUGAGCAUUCCUGGAUAAAGUUAGAUGUACCUCACUCUGUUAGUAAGAGAUGGGGUCAUUCUCUCUCAGUGUUCAUUAUGAGUCCUCAUUGCAUCUGGAUAAUAACUGCUGGAGGGUAUUUGAGAUGGACAUUAGUCACUAAUCCUUACACUGUUAUGUUAACUGAACUAGUUACUAACAGUAAAGGAGAAUGGACAGUAGGUGAUACAUUAGAUACCAAUGGUAUGAGUAAUGAAGAAUACAAGAAGAAGUAUCAGCAGCAACUACAGACAGGAAGAAGAAUAUGGUUGGAGGAGUACCAGAAACCAAGAAAAGGAGAUACAGCCGAAAUUGAGCAAACCGUACAAGCUCUUAUGAAGAGUCUUAAAGAGAAGGAGAAAGAAAAGGAGAGAGAAGCACAAGUUUAUCAUCAACAAUUGGAGCAGAAGGAAAGAGAAGAAGCAAAGAAAGAUCAAAAAAUAAGAAGAUAUCGUCAUCAGCUAUACGAGAAGGAUAGGGAGCAUCAGGUGGUACUGCAGGAGAAGGAUCUAUUGAUACAACAGAAGGAUAGAAAGCUACAGGAGAAGGAUCUAUUGUUACAACAGAAGGAUAGAAAGCUACAGGAGAAGAAUAGGGAGCUACUUCAGAAGAUUAGAGAGCAUCAGGUGGUACUACAGGGUAAGGAUAGACAGCUACAGGAGAAAGAGGAGGCACUACAGCAAAAGGAUAUUGUGAUACUUGAAAAGGAUAAGGAGGUACAGGAGAAAGAUAUAGGUCAUCAGGCAGUACUUCAGGAGAAGGAUCUAUUAAUACAGCAGAAGGAUGGAGAGCAUCAGAUAGUACUACAGGAGAAAGAGGAGACAUUACGACAGAAGGAUUCUGUGAUACUUGAGAAGGAUAGGGAGCUACAGGAGAAGGAUAGGGAGCUACGUCAGUCUCAAGAGGUAGUUUGUAGGUACCAGCAACAAGCACUUACUGAUGAUCACUGGGCUAUUAAUAAAGAUGAGGUGACUUUGACAAAGGAGGAGUUAGGAAGAGGAUCUUAUGCUGUUGUUACAGUUGGUAUCUUUAGAGGUUUAAGAGUAGCUGUCAAGUCACUUCAUAACAUCAUCAUCUCAAAUUACAAUCGAGGUCUCUUCUCCAGGGAAAUGAGUAUAGCAUCACGAGUACGUCAUCCUAACCUGGUCCAGUUUAUUGGUGCAACUAAAGUGGGUAAUCCUCUCAUCUUGACUGAGCUGCUGAGCACUAGUCUUAAUCAGGAGCUUCGCAGAAACCAAUUAACCAAUCAACAGAUUCUGAGUAUUGCUCAAGAUGUAGCUUUAGGCCUCAACUACCUUCACCUGUUUAAGCCCCAACCUAUUAUUCACAGAGAUGUGAGCAGUCCUAACGUAUUAUUAAAGCCUUGCACUGGACCUGCUGGUUAUGAAGCUAAAGUAGCUGAUUAUGGUACAGCUAAAUUAGUACAAGUUGACAGUACUGGUACUGUUAUGCCAGGCAAUGUUGCAUAUGCUGCACCAGAAGCUCCUAUUCCUGAUCAACACAGUCCAGCAAUGGAUGUCUACAGUUACUCUGUUCUCCUUAUGGAAAUGAAUUUGUGUUCUCCCCCAGAAAUGACGACAGCAGAGAGAGAAGUACAAUCUGGUAGUGUCUCCUGGUCUGAUAUGAAGUCUCUCAUACAAAGAGGACUUAAUGCUAAUCCUAGAGCUCGUCCUACUAUGGCUCAAGUAAUAGAGUCAUUGAAAAGGAUGAAGAUUUGAUUAAUUGUUUGUAUUUUUGAUAUUCUAAUUAUUACUGCUGCUUUUAGUUAGUUUUCUAUUAUUUUA